CAAGGCGCGUCAGCGUCCUUUAAUGUUUGCGUGCGGGGAAUAAUGGCGAUGUGCACAAUAUUACGAUGUGCUUCUGUUAGUUUGACCUCCUCUCUGCCUCGACUGUCAAAUAGAAACGCCGUGACUCCAGGUAGACUGCUGGCGAGGACAUGCUAUAAAAGACCCCUGAGCACCACCACUCGAUUUUGCGCAGCACUGAAGUUCACAGACAAACACGAAUGGGUUCGCGUGGACAGUGGUGUGGCAACAGUGGGCAUCAGUAAUUUCGCACAGGAGGCACUGGGCGACGUGGUCUAUUGUGGGCUCCCUGAAGUUGGCACAAAGUUGGCACAGUCGGAUGAAUUUGGUGCUCUGGAGAGUGUUAAAGCAGCGAGUGAGUUGUACUGUCCUCUGACGGGGGAGGUGACGGAUGUCAAUGAUGCCUUGGCGGACAACCCAGGACUGGUCAACAAAUCAUGCUAUAAAGACGGCUGGCUGAUAAAGAUGACUGUGUCUGUUCCUGAGGAGUUGGAUGGACUGAUGGAUGAAGCCGCUUAUGAGAGAUACAUCAAAUCUAUAGAGGACUAGAGCGUGUUGCUGCCAUGUUGCAUAUAAGAGGGAAAUUAAAAACAAUCAAUUAAGGAAUGUUUAUAGUAGUUGAUUAGUGUAGAUGUUUUCUUAAAUUACAUUUUCCCAGACACAGGAGGGGACCACGUGGACAAAACAUUAUGCACUUUGCCUGGAAAGCAACAAGCAAACCUGAUUGGAUUGAGCCAGUUACUGUAUGUAGCCCCAGAGACAAAGACUAUGUCACGGUUUCAUCUCUUUGGUAGAUGUUACACUGUUCCUGUAAAAGCUUGUCAUUUCUUGGAAUAAGCUACAAAUAAAAUGUGGAUGGAUGAAUAACACCUAAUGUCCAGUCUGAGGACAGCUAUGAAACCUGGUGAAAUUGGUCUUAGUUUUAAAGAACUCAUAACUGAGUUAAAGUGAUUAACAUCAUUAAUUAACAACAUUAAAAAUCUAUUUAAAACA